GUCUAUUAUAGUUUGACCGGUCAAGUAAUUUACACCAUCAUUUUUGGCGCCGACCGUGGGACCGUUAAGGUUUCUUCUCCUAAACACAAACCUACCCACCAAAACACCACUCGAAAUGUCUUCCAGCCAACAAAUCAACGCUACUUCCGCUCAGGUGCAGGCCACCAACGAGGGAGCCAGCAUCCCUGUGGCUGCUACCAUACUGGUCAUUUCAGCCCCUGUGUUGCCUCUGGGUCUGAGCUCUGUCCCGACGGCCAGCGUGAUCAGUCCCUUCGUGACCCCCGUCCCUUCCGCUGGACCGAGGGUAACGUUCCCACCAAGCAUGACUCAGUUCAUGAAUGACCCAGCCAACCUACAAGCCAUCCAGGGCUUUGGCCAGGUCAUGGCCAUGUGCCAGCAGAACGGGGGGAUGCCUUUCCUCUCUGGUAUGUUCCCAUUCGCCCUUCCAGGCGCGGGGACCAUGCCUCUACAAGCUCCAAUGGCGGUGACGUCGUUCCAGACGCCGAUGUCGCAACCAUCACCUUUCCAACCCCAGCUGGUCAGCACCAUGGCCCCUGUCAACUUGGCCGGUGCACUUAACGCUGUAGGGCCGUCGCGUCCCCCGCAAGCUACGGAUCCGCAGAUCACUCCUGAUGGUCACUGCGUCUCGAUUGAGAGCGAUGACGGCGAGGUGCGGGAGGCCGAGCCUGCCCGCACACGGCGCUCCCGGUCUAACCGGCAGGAGCCAGCAAGGACGGGGGCCUCCCACCAGGAAGGGGAGGCAGAAAGCCAGCCCAGGUUACCGGUGGCGAACCGGUUAACCAUCCCAAACGAUCGCGUCCAGCAGAUGGAGGCAAAGCUGGAAAGGCUGGAAAAGAAGGUCGGGGAGAAGAAUGACCGGGACAAACCCCUGGCAAGGUCCCCGUUCACCACAAGGGUCCAUCUGACACCUUUCCCGCGAAAGGUCAAGAUCGACGCCCCCAGAUUCACCGGGAAGGAAGAUCCGGAAAUCCACCUGGACUCCUUCAACCAGAGUGCGACCAUAACGGUUGCACCGAUGAAGAAAAGUGCCUACUUUUCUUCCAAACCUUGCGGAACCGAGCCACUGAAUGGUUCAAUAAGCUUCGCCCGGGAAGCAUUGACUCGUUCAGUGAUUUGGCCUCAAAAUUCAAGGCCAAGUUCCAGGAGAAUUGUACUAAGAGGAAGAAGUUCACCUAUCUUAGUACAGCCGGGCAGAGGGAGUCUGAGAACCUCACUCAGUUCCUUACCCGGUGGAAGGAAGAGGGGGGUCAAUGUCAUCUCCCAAGAGAUCACAAAGCGAGAGACCCGGGAGAAACUGGAGCCCGAGGCUGAGACGGUGGAAAUCGAACUUCACCCGAGUGAUUCUUCGAGGAUGGUCAGAAUUGGAGCAAAUCUCCCCGAGGAUCUCAAGGAGCAGAUUACACGGGUCCUCCAAGAAUACGCGGGCAUAUUCGCAUGGAGCGUGGCGGAUAUGCCCGGGAUAGAUCGCUCUGUUAUCUGCCACCGGUUGGCCGUGAGAGAAGGAGGUCGACCGGUACGCCAAAAGAAGCGGUACCUGGCCAGUGACCGGCGAGAUUUCGUCAAGAGGGAAGUGAAAGACCUCCUCAGUGUUGGUCACAUCCGGGAAGUCAAUAAGCCCACUGAGCAAUGGUGGGAGAUGGCAGUUGAUGGGGCAUCCGGUCCUUGGGGAUACGUGGGUGGUAUCGUGUUCACCACCACAGAAGGGUUCAAGAUCUACCAUGCAAUCGUCUUCAACUUCAAACUGACGAACAAUGAGGCAGAAUAUGAAGCUCUGGCUGGAGGGCUCAGACUUGCCCAAGCCCUGAAAAUCAGCCGGGUCAGCAUCAAAUCUGACUUUAACCUGAUAGUUGGGCAAGUGACCGGUAACAUGGAAGCAAGGGAAGGACGAAUGGCACAAUACAAGGACCUUGUACAUGCCCCGUUGAGAGGCUUCGAAGAGUUUAAGAUCGCCCAAAUUCCCCGUGCGGAAAACGCGGAUGCAGACCUUCUCUCCAAAUUGUCGCAGUAUGCUCCCGAGCAUGUUUCAAAACUUGCCCGGGUAGAGAUCCUUGACCGCGCAAACAUCAAAAAAUUGGAAGUCGCCGCUAUAACGGCCGGAAGCCAAUUUGACCGGUCAAACUUGGUCGGGGCGGACGAUCAUUGGAUGUAUGAUCUGAUGGAAUAUUUGGUGGAUGGGAGCUUACCAGAACAAGAUGACCGGGCAAGAAAAGUGAAGCUCAGGGCACCCCGAUUCCAGAUUCUUGAUGGAAAGCUGUAUAAAAGGGCAUUUGGGGGGCCACUCCUGAUAUGUCUAACCAACCGGGAGGCUGAGCGAGUCAUCGCGGAGGUCCACGAAGGCGUAUGCGCGGCGCAUCAAAUGUCCCCCGGCGCCGUCAGAUUGAUUGGGGACUAAAAAGAUGCCCAUUAAAAGAAAUAGAAGGGGAUCGUCCACCGUGGCGCAUCCUAUAUCCCCCUUCUCAGGGAAGACUUGAACGGGGGGUGAGCUAAGGCCUUCCCGGGAUGGUAGAAAUCAAAGGGCCAUUAAAAGACUUAAUCACCC